AUGAACUACCGGAACACACACCUCAAAAAGAGGUUAAUCAAGAUGGGAAUCGAUCCAGUGACUCAUAAACAGAAGAGCCACGCCCGCAGUCCUGACCAGUUGAAGGACGCCGCCAACCUCAGCCACAUGGCUCAGUGGGAGGGCGCACGGCUUGAAGCCGAAGCCCGACUCGUUUGGAAGUCCAAGCUACAAGUCCCCAAUCCUUUCCAAACACAACUGGGCUCCUCGGGUUCAACUCAGCUCAUUUACGAAACGACAACUAAACGACCACUGCCGCCUCUGCCACUCCAACCACUAUGUCUGGAUGUUCUAAUAGCUUGGCUGGGAUCAUGGCUAAAAGCACCAAAAUAUAACGACUUUGCCGCCCGUACCUUUGCCGCCACUAAUAGUUCUCUUGACUCUCUUACAUCCACAUUGAACUUCUCAAAAAAAGGUGAAGCCAUGAUUAUGAAAGCAGGGGCUGACUUGGAAAGAAUGGAGAUUGAACUAUUGCAGCUUCAGGGCUUGGGAUAUUCCACAGAUCAUGAUGACUACUCUAUGGCUACAGGAAAUGAAAACAUCCUGCUACCUAAUUUUAUGGAAGCAGCAGGGCUUGGCGAUCUGUUGUUCGACAGUUCUAAUCAACUGUACCCAUCCAUCGCGGGCGAAAACUCCGGUAUGGUCGCUGGAACUUUCUGCGGCAAUCUCGAAGAGAACAAGAAUAAUUACGGGAACAGCAUCUUGAAUUUGGUGAAUUGUUCACAAUCGGGUUCGCCGGUACAGAACAUCCAACAUAAUUUACACCAGGUCGGGCCCAAAUCAGAAAAAACAUAUAGACUCAAGGUAAAGCAUGCGACUUAG